AUGGGUAACAGAUCAAAUUCAAUUCCCAGUAAUGAAAAAUCAAAUAUAGAAGCUCGUGAACAAUUUAAUUUUCGAUUUACUGAUUGUUCUUGUAAAUGUGAUGCAAGUAAACGACGUGUAGGAGAUAUCUAUGAACAAAAUAAUUCACCACAAGCAGCUUUUAUUACAGCACUUAUAACACAAAUAAGUCGUUCACAAUAUGAUAUCAAUUGUAAUUGUGAUUGUGGUGAAGGUGUUAAAUUGGGCUUUCUUUUUGGUAAUACAUCACCGAAUAUUCAACAACAAACAACUAAUAAUCGUUCGGAAUAA